AUGGCAACCUCAAUGUUUUCAACAGGUUAUGGGCCUAGGUCACGACGGGUGUUCAAUGGAGACGAAAGGAAAUACAAAUUAUGGGAGGUAAAAUUCAUGGGUUCCAUGCGGCUACAAAAAUUGCAUGAUGUUUUCAUGAGUACAGAUGAUCCUGAAGAGGAACAAAAUGCUGAAAUUUUUGCGGAGUUAAUUCAAUGCCUCGACGACAGAAAAAUUGUGACAGAUUACCAUUACAUGUUACCAGCUGGGACCAUAGCUUCGUCAUUAAAGACAGCUGGUGAGGUAAUAAAUGACAGUCUUCACAUCGCCAUGAUUCUGAAAGGUUUGCCACAAGAAUUCAAAACAUUCUGUACAGUUACAACUAGGGAUGCACCGGAUUUAGGUUUUUCACUUGGCCGGAUUUAA